AUGUUAGCAGCACAUAGCAAAGCUGAAUCACCCCUAUUUCUGAGCCUGUGCUGUCGUCUAGUGGCAGAAUAUGGUACCCACAGCAGAGAUCUGAAGCCAUGGGUAAUUGCCCUUCUCACGGUGCUCGCCUUGAUGAUGGUAGCAGCGACCAUUGGACUUCUGGCUCAUGUCUUAGUCUCUGAUAUUCACGUCAUUAGCAGUUCAGAAGGAAAGAGCUCAAAUCAGCUGAAGGACUUAAAGGAGGCAAAUGAAGAUUUGGUAGAUGAAAUAUUUAUAGAGUCAACCUUGAACAAACACCAUGUCAACGACCAUGUAGUCAGACUAACUCCGGAAGAAGAUGAUGCAGAAGCAGACGUUGUCAUGGCACUCCAGUCCCCCUCUACUGGGCAAAGAACUGUGGGAGAAAAGAAAACUCACAGCAUCUUAAAUCAGAAGAAGAGGAACACAAGAGCCUUGCGUGCUGAUGUGUCAGUAGUUCAAGUAAAUGAUUGUGGCAAACGAGCUAUCCCGUUAAUUGCCAACAGAAUCGUGUCCGGAAACCCUGCAGCUAAAGGUGCCUGGCCUUGGCAAGUUUCUCUUCAGCGCAGCAACAUCCAUCAGUGUGGCGGCACCUUGAUUGGGAACAUGUGGGUCGUCACGGCAGCACACUGCUUCAGAACUAAUUCAAACCCACGCCAGUGGACUCUUAGUUUUGGAACAACAAUAAACCCUCCCUUAAUGAAAAGAGACGUCCGAAGAAUUAUUAUGCACGAGAGGUACCGCCCCCCAGCAAGAGACCACGACAUUGCUCUUGUGCAGUUUUCUCCCAGAGUCACCUUUUCAGAUGAAGUACGCCGAAUUUGUUUGCCGGAACCUUCUGCGUCAUUCCCACCAAAUUCAACUGUCUACAUCACAGGAUUUGGAGCACUCUACUACACUGGGGAAUCUCAAAAUGAGCUCCGAGAAGCCAGGGUGCAGAUCAUAAGCAAUGACGUGUGCAAGCAACAGCAGGUGUACGGCAAUGAAGUCAAGCGUGGGAUGUUCUGCGCGGGAUAUCUGGAAGGGAUUUAUGAUGCCUGCAGGGGUGAUUCUGGGGGACCAUUGGUUGUAAGAGGCAAUAAAGACACUUGGUAUCUCCUUGGAAUUGUGAGCUGGGGAGACAACUGUGGUCAAAGGAACAAACCCGGAGUUUACACACAAGUGACUUAUUACCGGCGCUGGAUUGCUUCAAAAACGGGUCUCUAA